GUUCUUGCAUCAUCACAUCAAGAACAUGGCCGAUAUGAAGACCCCAGACUUUGACGACCUCCUGGCAGCCUUUGACAUCCCAGACAUGGUGGACCCGAAGACAGCCAUAGAGUCAGGCCACGAGGACACCCACGAUGGCCAGCUCAAACACCCCAGUGUCCCCCACGAGGACCCCCAUGAUGGCCAGCUCAAACACCCCAGCGUCCCCCACGAGGACGAGGCACACACCCCCUCUGGAGGUCCAGACGUGGGCGUCAGCGUCAUCGUCAAGAAUGUCCACAAAAUGGACGCCGGCGGUGAAGAACACAUACGACCAGAGAAGGAGGUCCAGGCUGAGCCCACCACCAUGGUGAACCACAAUGGACUUCAUAACGGGUACCUGUCAAUGUCACCUAACGACCGGCACAGUAAGAACAACAGAGCCGAUAAGACUCUGAGAGAUGUGGAGGCUCAUCAUGGAUUGGCUAUCAGCUCCAACUUCGUCUCCCACUCUACUUUCAACCAAUUCAGUCCCAUUUCCAGCGCUGAGGAGUUUGACGAUGACGAUAAGAUUGAAGUUGAUGACUCUCUGGACAGGGUCAAGCAGAGCGCCCUGCCAUGUUUUAGGACAAACCCUCUGACAGAACCACCUGCCAAGAGAGAGGAGCAACUGACCACAAAAGCCGUACUGGCAGACUCUCAUAGCACAGCCAAACCUGGGACCAAGUCCAAGGGAGACUGUGAGAAAUCAAAACUUGAUAAAAACAACAACACUUUGGUCACUGUUAGUCUGAACCUUUACGACUCCUCUAAAUCAAGGAAACUUGAAGAAGAGAAAGCCAAAGAGACAACGGCCCCUAGGCCCCAGGAGGGCUCAGGGAGGGAGGCUGGGGAGCCCUGUGUCCAGUCUGUGUCCACCAGUCUCUCCCAGGCCAAGCAAGCCAAUUCGUCAGCCAAACUUUCCUCCUGCAUCGCUGCUAUAGCAGCUCUCAGUGCUAAGAAAGCCACAGUAUCAGACACCACUAACUCUGUGGUCUCUGAGUCUCCCCCUACCACCCAGAGAGACUCAUCCACCACCAUCCCCACCAUCCACACCCAGAGGGAAGCCCCCAAGGAGGCCAAGGAGAGGGAAAGCCCCAGGGUCCUGGUCCCAGAGAAGUCCCCAGACCAGGAGUCAACCUCCGCUCUGGAGGUAUGGAUUGUGUAUAUGUCAAGUGUGUAAAUGUAUAGUAUACUGUACUCUCUACUUGAAUACAUCAGUACUAUGUGUCUAAGACGAACCUCUAGGAGGGGUCAGAUGCUCGAUUAACGAUUACAGUACCAUUUCUGUCACGCAGUCUGUCCACGACAGAUUAGUCCCAGACAAAUUUCCGCCCGGGGACAAUAAAGUUGAUCCUAUCCUAUUCUAUCCUAUCCUAGGUGGCCAGGAGGCUGCAGUCCAAACAGCCAGAGAGCCCCAGCAGCCCGACCACCAGCGAGGACAGCAUUAGAGGCUCUGGUUCCCCCUCCUCCUCCCCCUCCACACCCGUCAUCCCCAAGGUCCGGAUCAAAACCAUCAAGACCUCCUCUGGCCAGAUCAAACGCACCGUCACCAGAGUGCUUCCGUCAGCCCAGGUAGAGUCAGACGCUGGACGCCUGAAGAAAGGGUCUUCCAUCAUGGUCUCCUCCUUCCUGUCCUCCCCAACGUCCUCCUCUGUGUUCUCCUCCCCGACCUCGACGCGGACCUCUUCCCUGCCCACCACCACCCCAGGAGGAGGCCCAGGCAUUGCCAUGGAGAGCAACAAGCAGAUGACCAUCAAACCUGUGGCCACUGCUUUCCUC